AUGUGGUAUACAUUACCCAAAAGGGAUCUGUUCUCUUCGUGCCCUUUUGUUUGCCUCGAGCCCAUCAUCUUUCCUCCCUCCUUCUCUUCUCUCCAUUUCUCUCCACCUCCCCUCCUUGGUUUUUCUCGCCUCUCGCUCACCCUCCUUUCCUCCUCUCACCACUCCCACUUCCCCCUCCUCUUUCUCGUUUCCUUCGCGCACCCUUCUCCCUUUUCCCACCUUUUCCUCCUCCCCCAGCGCCUGGCGACUGUGUGUGUGGCGCACGUCGUAGCAGCAGUGCACCAGCUGACCGGUCCCAUACCCCAGCGCCUGGAGACUGUGUGUGUGGAGCACGCGGUAGCAGCAGUGCACCAGCUCACCGGUCCCAUACCCCAGCGCCUGGAGACGCUGUGUUUGGCGCACGCGGUAGCAGCAGUGCACCAGCUCACCGUGCGAGUGCUCUGGCUCACAGAUGAGCCACCAGCAAGCCAACAACAGCCGCAGCAGCAGCAGCAGCAGAGGCAGAGGGCAGGCAUGCCAUACGUGCCGUUCUCAGCCCUGUUUGAGCCGGCGCUGACGGUGGUGGAGACGAAUCUCUCUGCUGCUGACGCCACCAGGAGGUUCAUCCACGAGCUCUUCACUCCCAAGGCGCACCAAUACGGCCCGUGCUUCCGAGACACGUGGGAGCGCAUUUGGCGAGCAUCAGCACGCAAUAACGCCUUCCCCCGCUCCUCCUCUGCUGACGCUGACUCAGACUCGGACUCUGCUGACUCGGAUUCCGACUCGGCUGACUCGGAUCCAGACUCUGCUGACUUAGACGGAGCCUCGGAUGCAGGGGGGUUGGGGGGGGGCGGCGGCGCACGCGGUAAAGGUACCGAGGAGGCUUAUAGCGAGGAUGAGCCGGUGCCGGUGUCUAUGUGGACGGGUGAGCUGGACAGCCAGGAGGUGGCGGGGCGGCCCUUGGGAUUGCCGCGGAAGCUGACUCUGCAUGGGUGGUUCCGCACUGAUUCCGUGCAGCGCAGUAGUGUGGAGGACUGGCAGGAGGAGCGCGUGGGAUGUCUGGUGUGGGCGCACGUGCAAAGGUGCUACGAGCGGCUGCAGCCCUCCCCUGCUGUGGCGGCGAUGGUGCGAGAGGAGGGGGUCAACAGCACACGCGUGGAGGGCAGCAUUGGCGUGUACCUGGAUGCCACCCCCAGAGGCACCUGCCCCGGCUGUCCCUCCUCUCUCAAUCCUGCCGACUGUGCCGCCCGCACGCUCGCCCUGACCAUGCUCCACCGCCCGUCGAUCGACUUCACGCUCGGCUCCGCCGCCCAGUCGCACCCGGCGCACAUCGUCUCUUUCUUUGAUGCCGACCGCGCGCCGUACGUGUCGCCGUCCGCCGCGUUCCGGGCUGCAAACUGCGGCGAGAAGCUGGUGCAGGCGAUGGGGGAGAAGGGGGAGGGGGCGGCUGAGAGGCUGGCGGAAUUGGUGCUGACUUGCAAGCAGCGAGAGAUGAUGGGGGAGAAGGGGGAGGGAGCAGCUGAGAGGCUGGCUGAACUGGUGGUGACUUGCAAGCAGCGAGAGGCGAUGGGGGAUAAGGGGGAGGGCGCAGCUGAGAGGCUGGCUGAACUGGUGGUGACUUGCAAGCAGCGAGAGCUGGCUGAUCUCUUACUGCUGGCCCAGACCACCGGUCUGGUGGUGAUGGAGCUGGUUUUUGAGAAUUCUAAAGAACCAGCACGCUCUCAUUACAGCGAGGGGGAGGCGCCGCCUUCUGUUCCCGUCUUGCUUCUCCCACCCCUCCACCCCCAGGUCGCUGAUCUCUUCCUGCUCGCGCCGACAACGGGCCUCGCGGUGAUGGAGCCGAGCACCCUCUCAGACUUCAUCGCAGCGAGGGAGAGUGGCGGAUCUCUUCCUGCUGGCGCAGGCAACCGGCCUUGUGGUGAUGGAGCCAAGCACCCUCUCAGACUUCAUCGCAGCGAGGGGGAGACGCCGCCUUCUGCCUUCCCUCUUGCCCACCUGCUGCCUUCUCUCUCUUGUGCCCUCCCCCAGGUGGCUGAUCUCUUCCUGCUUGCGCAAACCACGGGCCUCGUGGUCGCGGAUCUCUUUCUUCUCGCCCAGACGACGGGGCUCGUGGUGAUGGAGCCAAGCACGCUCUCAGACUUCAUCGCAGCGAGGGGGAGGCACCACCUGCUGCCCUCCUCCGUGCCCACCUGCUGCCUUUUCUCUUGUUCCUGUCGCGGAUCUCUUUCUUCUCGCCCAGACGACGGGGCUCGUGGUCGCGGAUCUCUUUCUUCUCGCCCAGACGACGGGGCUCGUGGUGAUGGAGCCAAGCACGCUCUCAGACUUCAUCGCAGCGAGGGGGAGGCACCACCUGCUGCCCUCCUCCGUGCCCACCUGCUGCCUUUUCUCUUGUUCCUGUCGCAGCGAGGGGGAGGCACCACCUGCUGCCCUCCUCCGUGCCCACCUGCUGCCUUUUCUCUUGUUCCUGUCUUGCUUCUCCCACACCCAGGUCGCGGAUCUCUUUCUUCUCGCCCAGACGACGGGGCUCGUGGUGAUGGAGCCAAGCACGCUCUCAGACUUCAUCGCAGCGAGGGGGAGGCACCACCUGCUGCCCUCCUCCGUGCCCACCUGCUGCCUUUUCUCUUGUUCCUGUCUUGCUUCUCCCACACCCAGGUCGCGGAUCUCUUUCUUCUCGCCCAGACGACGGGGCUCUUGGUGAUGGAGCCAAGCACGCUCUCAGACUUCAUCGCAGCGAGGGGGAGGCACCACCUGCUGCCCUCCUCCGUGCCCACCUGCUGCCUUUUCUCUUGUUCCUGUCGCAGCGAGGGGGAGGCACCACCUGCUGCCCUCCUCCGUGCCCACCUGCUGCCUUUUCUCUUGUUCCUGUCGCAGCGAGGGGGAGGCACCACCUGCUGCCCUCCUCCGUGCCCACCUGCUGCCUUUUCUCUUGUUCCUGUCUUGCUUCUCCCACACCCAGGUCGCGGAUCUCUUUCUUCUCGCCCAGACGACGGGGCUCGUGGUGAUGGAGCCAAGCACGCUCUCAGACUUCAUCGCAGCGAGGGGGAGGCACCACCUGCUGCCCUCCUCCGUGCCCACCUGCUGCCUUUUCUCUUGUUCCUGUCGCAGCGAGGGGGAGGCACCACCUGCUGCCCUCCUCCGUGCCCACCUGCUGCCUUUUCUCUUGUUCCUGUCUUGCUUCUCCCACACCCAGGUCGCGGAUCUCUUUCUUCUCGCCCAGACGACGGGGCUCGUGGUGAUGGAGCCAAGCACGCUCUCAGACUUCAUCGCAGCGAGGGGGAGGCACCACCUGCUGCCCUCCUCCGUGCCCACCUGCUGCCUUUUCUCUUGUUCCUGUCGCAGCGAGGGGGAGGCACCACCUGCUGCCCUCCUCCGUGCCCACCUGCUGCCUUUUCUCUUGUUCCUGUCUUGCUUCUCCCACACCCAGGUCGCGGAUCUCUUUCUUCUCGCCCAGACGACGGGGCUCGUGGUGAUGGAGCCAAGCACGCUCUCAGACUUCAUCGCAGCGAGGGGGAGGCACCACCUGCUGCCCUCCUCCGUGCCCACCUGCUGCCUUUUCUCUUGUUCCUGUCUUGCUUCUCCCACACCCAGGUCGCGGAUCUCUUUCUUCUCGCCCAGACGACGGGGCUCGUGGUGAUGGAGCCAAGCACGCUCUCAGACUUCAUCGCAGCGAGGGGGAGGCACCACCUGCUGCCCUCCUCCGUGCCCACCUGCUGCCUUUUCUCUUGUUCCUGUCGCGGAUCUCUUUCUUCUCGCCCAGACGACGGGGCUCGUGGUGAUGGAGCCAAGCACGCUCUCAGACUUCAUCGCAGCGAGGGGGAGGCACCACCUGCUGCCCUCCUCCGUGCCCACCUGCUGCCUUUUCUCUUGUUCCUGUCUUGCUUCUCCCACACCCAGGUCGCGGAUCUCUUUCUUCUCGCCCAGACGACGGGGCUCGUGGUGAUGGAGCCAAGCACGCUCUCAGACUUCAUCGCAGCGAGGGGGAGGCACCACCUGCUGCCCUCCUCCGUGCCCACCUGCUGCCUUUUCUCUUGUUCCUGUCGCGGAUCUCUUUCUUCUCGCCCAGACGACGGGGCUCUUGGUGAUGGAGCCAAGCACGCUCUCAGACUUCAUCGCAGCGAGGGGGAGGCACCACCUGCUGCCCUCCUCCGUGCCCACCUGCUGCCUUUUCUCUUGUUCCUGUCGCAGCGAGGGGGAGGCACCACCUGCUGCCCUCCUCCGUGCCCACCUGCUGCCUUUUCUCUUGUUCCUGUCUUGCUUCUCCCACACCCAGGUCGCGGAUCUCUUUCUUCUCGCCCAGACGACGGGGCUCGUGGUGAUGGAGCCAAGCACGCUCUCAGACUUCAUCGCAGCGAGGGGGAGGCACCACCUGCUGCCCUCCUCCGUGCCCACCUGCUGCCUUUUCUCUUGUUCCUGUCGCAGCGAGGGGGAGGCACCACCUGCUGCCCUCCUCCGUGCCCACCUGCUGCCUUUUCUCUUGUUCCUGUCUUGCUUCUCCCACACCCAGGUCGCGGAUCUCUUUCUUCUCGCCCAGACGACGGGGCUCGUGGUGAUGGAGCCAAGCACGCUCUCAGACUUCAUCGCAGCGAGGGGGAGGCACCACCUGCUGCCCUCCUCCGUGCCCACCUGCUGCCUUUUCUCUUGUUCCUGUCGCAGCGAGGGGGAGGCACCACCUGCUGCCCUCCUCCGUGCCCACCUGCUGCCUUUUCUCUUGUUCCUGUCGCAGCGAGGGGGAGGCACCACCUGCUGCCCUCCUCCGUGCCCACCUGCUGCCUUUUCUCUUGUUCCUGUCUUGCUUCUCCCACACCCAGGUCGCGGAUCUCUUUCUUCUCGCCCAGACGACGGGGCUCUUGGUGA